UAUUAUAUAGUUUGUAUUUUUUUUUUAAAAUUCAGAAUCAUUAUAUCAUAUUUAGUGAAUUCUGAAGAAAAAAAAAUCUAUACAUAUUCCAUCUUCCAAGGCCAAAGAACUCUUAAACAAAGAGCCUUUUUCAUGAUCUUCUAUAUAUAUAACCCUAAAUUUCUUUCAUAUAUUUAAUUUCUAUGUAUAUUAUGGAGAUUUGUUAUUCUUGCUACCUCUAGCAUAUAUACAAUAUUCUGAGGGUAAAAAUGGAAGAUCAUGGAGAAACAAAAUUGACAGGAAUUAGACAAAUUGUGAGACUCAAACAAUUGUUACACAAAUGGCAAAAUGUCACAUUUACCCCUACUACUACUAAGGGAAAAACCCACAGCCUUAAAAUUGGUUGUACAAAAUCGUCAAUUAAUAAUCGAAAAAAUGAGACAUAUAGAGGAGGGAUAUCCCCUUCUAUAAGCAAGAGGCUAAGAAGCUCCAAUAUGUAUUGGGAUUCAGAUGAGGACACUUGUCAAAGCCCUGAAUCGCCACAUGGCGUCCCGAAAGGAUAUUUAGCUGUUUAUGUGGGUCCAGAACUUAGAAGAUUUAUAAUUCCAACAAGUUACUUAAGUGACUCUUUGUUCAAAAAAUUACUUGAAAAAGUUGAAGAAGAAUUUGGAUUUGAUCAUAGUGGUGGCCUUACAAUUCCUUGUGAAAUUGAAACUUUCAAGUUUUUGUUGCAAUGUAUGGAGAAUCAUCAAAGAUGUCUCCCUGUUGAUAGUCAUCACAAUGGUUCUGAUGCAGGGAUCAUGGCUUGAUUAUAUAUGAUUUCAAUAUAUACUAAGCUAAG